AUGAUCGUGACACUUCCGUUGCCACAGCAAAUCACCCGAUAUUGGCCGGAAACGGCGGCUAUGGCUCUGCAGGCCUUUGCAUUUUGGAGCUUUUCUGUGCUGUUGACGGUGCCAUGGCUCUUUUGCAUCUACCAACUCGUGACGAACCAACUCGGCCGAACGAAGCGAAUCAAACUACUGCUAGACGAUGUAACGGCACCAAAAGUGGUAAUUGUCAUGCCUUGCUACCGGGAAGAUCCCGAUGUGCUCGUCACCGCAAUCGACUCGGUGGUGGACUGCGACUACCCAGCCGCCUGCAUCCACGUAUUCUUGUCAUUUGACGGUGAUCAGCAAGACGAGCUUUACUUGAAGACCAUUGCAAAUCUAGGAGUGCCGGAAGCAAUGGGAUCAUACCCGCGCAGUAUUGAUGUCAUGUACAAGUCGUCGAGGGUGACGGUCUCCCGGUUCCCCCACGGUGGCAAACGACAUUGCCAGAAGAUGACAUUUCGGCUCAUUGACAAAGUUUACCAGCGUUACUUGAAGCGCAAUGAUAACUUGUUUAUUCUUUUCAUUGACUCGGACUGCAUAUUGGACCGGGUGUGCCUGCAGAACUUUGUCUACGACAUGGAGCUCAGCCCGGGCAACACAAAGGACAUGCUGGCGAUGACUGGCGUCAUCACGUCGACAACAAAGAAGCACAGCAUUAUUACCUUGCUACAAGAUAUCGAGUACAUCCAUGGCCAAUUAUUCGAGCGCACAGUGGAAUCGGGAUGUGGCUCGGUAACAUGCCUCCCUGGGGCGUUGACAAUGCUUCGGCUGUCAGCAUUCCGACGCAUGGCAAAGUACUACUUUGCCGAUAAGGCAGAGCAGUGUGAGGACCUGUUUGACUUUGCCAAGUGUCACUUGGGCGAAGACAGAUGGCUGACGCAUUUGUUCAUGAUUGGAGCAAAAAAGAAGUACCAGAUUCAAAUGUGCACCUCUGCAUUUUGCAAAACGGAAGCCGUGCAGACCUAUCGAUCACUUGUUAAGCAGCGGCGUCGAUGGUUCUUGGGGUUUAUCACGAACGAGGUAUGCAUGUUGACGGAUUGGAGAUUGUGGAAGCGAUAUCCUAUUCUGGUUCUAGUUCGGUUCAUGCAAAACACGAUCCGGACGACGUCGUUGCUCUUUUUCAUCAUGGUUAUUGCGUUAUUGUCUACAUCGGCGUCGAUUAACAACCUUCCGGUGGGUUUCAUUGGGGUAUCCCUGGGUCUGAAUUGGGCACUGAUGCUCUACUUUGGUCUCAAACUUCGGCGAUUCAAAGCCUGUUUGUAUCCUCUCAUGUUCAUUUUGAACCCAUUCUUCAACUGGUACUACAUUGUAUAUGGGAUUUUUACAGCUGGACAGAGGACGUGGGGCGGGCCGAGAGCGGAUGCGGCGGCGGCAGACACGACGACGACAGCUCGAGAAGCAGUGGAGAAGGCCGAGGAGCAGGGAGAUGAGCUGAAUGUCGUUCCGGAAACAUUUAUCCCGGCGAGAGAGGCGAGGCUGCUCCAAUCUCCUGGAGCUUCAGGGAGCCAACAGCAAGGGCUGGGAAGGACUAGGAGUACUGUUCGACCCCCAGACAAGGUGGAUGGUAUCUUCUCUGCCAGACAGCGGACAAAAGAAGGAAUAUAUGAACAUGUGGAUGAUUCCACGGUGGUUGGAGGAGAAUCGAUGUUGCCGCAGUGGGCAAGGCAUGGGCCUCAUGAUUCUGUAGAGAGCGUCUCGUCUGAGGGUGAGGCGUCGCAGGGGGGCACUAGGGUGCUCCAGAGUCGGUUUAUGGAGAGUUUUAUGAGCGACGAGGAUAAGAGAAAGUACAUGGCAGCGCAGCGGGCAAGAGGAGCGAGGCUCGGCAACGACGGUGAGAUUCCUGGCGGGGGAGGCAAUGGUAUUGGGGCUGGGGCUGGGCCAUCCAAGUAG